AUGCCAUAUUCGAGGCUUGCCCGGGGCACUCGUCAUUUGUCUAGACCGUUCAAGACGCAAAUCACGCCCUCAUGUGCCAGGUUCGUCUCCGGAGAUGGCCCUACGCGGCCUCCGCCGGCUUAUCCUGGACAUGUACCCUUGAACUGGUUUGAGAAUGCGUUUCUGGCCGCAGGCUCGGCUGUCAUGGGUCUUGUGAGCCCGAACCGUGGAGAUAUGAUCGCCGCUCUUGGCGAAACAACAGCGGGCCCUUCGUUACCCCGGCUUAGGGAUGUCAUGCUGAAGGACCCAGAGGGCCGACGAAUUCUAAAAGACCGACCGCGCAUUAAUUCGGACACCAUUGAUCUCGAUGCCCUGUCCAAGCUCCCUGAAAAUUCUUUCGGUCGUGCGUACUCCGACUGGUUGAAUCGAUGUGGAGUGACUCCGGAUACUCGGGAACCAGUGCACUACAUAUCAGAUCCAGAACUCGCAUUCGUGAUGCAACGUUAUCGAGAGUGUCACGACUUCUAUCACACAAUCUGUUCCAUGCCUGUGUCGGUGACCUACGAACUCGCACUCAAAUUCUUCGAAUUCGCAAAUUUGGGAUUACCAGUUGCAGGAAUAUCUGCCGCAUUCGGGCCCCUUCGCCUUUCUUCCAAACAAAGAGCAAGGUUAUAUUCGGAUUAUGUUCCAUGGGCUUUGCGGUGUGGGUCGUCUUCGAACUGCCUAAUCAGUAUUUAUUGGGAAGAGCGAUGGGGGCAAGACAUCGGCGAGUUGAAAGAAGAGCUGGGAAUUUGGGACCCUCCCCCUGCUGUCUGGCCCAAAAAGUUGAACGAAGCUGCCGAGGCAGCAAAGGGAAAGUAG